AUCUCAGCCUACUACACCUCUUUGCACCAGGGGUCCUUAGAGUCACCGUUAAUGCCAGUUAGCUUGUCGGUGGUUAGCAGCUACGUACGCAGUCAGUUGUGGUAGAAUGAGCCCGACAGGAGUCAGGGAUGACUUGACGACAGCAGCCUCUGAAUUUUUCGACCGGUCUCUGCAUCAUUGCAGCUCAGUCGGAUAGAACGACUCCUCAACAUCCUACCAUCUGCGUAGGGCUGCUGCCCCCCCUCCCCCCAGCCUGAGCCUGUCACAUCCUCAACCUUCGAACAACCUGUGAGUGAACGGUGCUCGGGCCACAGAAGAUCCUCUGCCAACGUCGUUCAACAGAGAGAGAGACAAUGUAUUGUCUACAGUGGCUGCUCCCCGUGUUGCUCAUCCCCAAACCCCUCAACCCAGCGCUGUGGUUCAACCACUCCAUGUUCAUGGGCUUCUACCUACUCAGCUUCCUGCUGGAGAGGAAGCCGUGCACCAUCUGUGCCUUGGUUUUCCUCGCUGCCCUUUUCCUCAUCUGCUAUAGCUGCUGGGGAAACUGCUUCCUGUACCACUGCCAGGACGCCGCGCUGCCGGACGCUGCCCACGACCCAGCCAUAGUCGGAACCUAGGAGGGAAAAACGGGGAGAGAUAUCAGGGGGGAGGGUGAAGGGUGAUGAGGCUUUGCUGGGGAAUUACUGUAGAACGAUACUGCCAUGCUAUAAGAGGGGACGGACCACACUUUUGGGGGUCGGAGAGUGGUGAGGAGGUGGCGCUGAAAAACUGCUGGAGCGUUGUUCCGCUGAAAAUACAGAGUACUUACACAGAGUCUGUACUGAGGAGGAGGAGAGCCAGUAAUGGAGGUUGUGUUUUUUUAUGCUGUCAAGAAAAACUGUUUUAAAUCUGAGGUGGUCGGAGGAGAGGAGGGAGAAGCUUUAUCAUGGUGGCAGCGUAGAAACUUGAAAUGUUCGGAGAAGGACAUGUGUUGACUUGAGGAGAAAAUAAUUUUAUUUUCAGAAUCUUUCAUUCCAGCAUUUGAAUGAAAACUAGACAAUAUUAAUAAAUAUAUAUAUAUAAAUACACCACGGGUGACACGGGUGUCAUUGUGGCCGCUGUGUUUCAGGUUUCAUUAUUCUGGUUCCUCUACUUCAACAAGAGAUUCACCUUCUCGUUGUUUGAGAAUGAUUCGACGGCCUCACUCCAACUGACCCUUAUGAAAUCUCAGAGCUCGGAUGAUCGAGUUUUCACGCUCAGUUGUCUACGACCUUUCUGUUCAUGGUGGAGUCGGCCUCCCUUUCAGAGUCCAACAUUUCCCAACUCUCUCUGCACAGGUAAUGCUACCCUUCACAAGGAGAGCACACUAAACACUGGACAAUCAAUAACUAUGCUGUGAACAAUUUCUCCUUUGCCGCAUUGCCACGUACACAAACUCAGACGGCGUUACAAUGCUGAGAAACUGUCCCAUCGUUAUUACCCACAGUGCUCUGCAGCUGCUCCUCUCCGCUCAUCUUCCUCCUCCCGCCUUCGAGUGAACGUCCCCGAUCUGCCAGACUUACGAUUUGAUCUUUUUUUUGUGUUUAUUUUUUGAUUACGCAUGGGUUGACUUUACUUCUUUUUUCAUGUAUUAAGUUCACACAGAUUUUAGUGAGUUUACACAAAAUGCUGAACGUUUCCCAAAGGGUAUAAAAAUCUGUGUGUGUGUGUGUAGGGUGAAUGAAGGUUUGUGUGUUGUGCGAUUGGUCUGUUGGAGUUUUUUUUGUCUGUCUGUUUGUUUGUCUGUCUGUCUGUCUGUUUGUCUGUCUGUCUGUCUGUGUGUGUGUUUGUGAUCAAGUCAUGCUGAUGUGCACAAAAAAACGUGGUGACACAUGGAAACAAGCAGCAGGUGGCAGUAUUUCCAGCAACAAUUAGCAAUACAGUGCUGGCAGAGGAAACUUAAGUUGUUAUCAACAAGAAGUUUACUGGUGAUCAGUGUGUGUAUCACUCAGUGUUAUGUUUAACUGUUGGACACAGGCUACGGUGUUUAUACUGUGGACCUAAUGGUGUGUGAGAGAGAGAGUGUGUGUGUAGCCUUGUGUAGCAGUGCACAUCAUGCCCACUGCUACCUGAUUGCUUUGGUUUUAAUUUAAAUAAAGUUUUUUCCUCAACAUGUU